AUGACAAUGGCCAGAAACGACACGUUCGAAGUCCAGCUCCCGCUGAUGCAGUUGAACCCGAGGUUGCUGUUCUUACCUGGAAUCGUAUACAGGACCUCAUUCACCCACGAACAGGCAGUCGCCAUCCUAGCGAGAUUCAGCUCUAUUUUGAAGGACACAGAUUUCAACCACAGAGAGGUUGUACAAGAUGCUCUUUUAAAGGGAGGCAAAUCCUCCAUUUCUCAGUCUUCUCUGGAUGGAUGUCAGAGUGUGAAGAAGAAGCUCUCGGUUGAGUCUGAUGAGAAUCCAUGGCUCGUGCUGGUAUGCUUGCCAGGAUCCACCGUCACUGGUGACGAAACGGUAGGAACUGUUUGCUCCAUUGUUGACAUCUCUGAACGAUCCAAUGAGGUUACUAUCAGCUUUAAGGCCCUUUCUCGGGGACUCUUGAGGCCAGCUAAAUCUGAUCCACAGAAUGAAAGCAAGGUGGUGGUAGAAUUCAGAGCCGGAUCUAAAUUGCCGACAAAAGAUCUCCGCAAAACACUCACCAAUUGUUUGAGACUACUUGGGAAUGUCCAGUCAUUUUCAAAGCAAUACAGAGAUGCUUCCAAAGCUUUUGGCGAUUUGGAUGACGACGAGAGGCUGAAGAACGUGAUGCUGGUUCUGACCCCUCUUGCCUCUGUUCUGUACGACCAACUCUCGUCACAAGAAAUGUCUCAAUCUUUCGUGAGACUGAAUCGUAUGUUCAAAGGGUUGGACAGUGAAUUCGCUUCAAUGAGCUCGACAGAGCAAGCCGUAAGAUUGCUGCAAUUAGUUGAUAUUCUGACUGCUGUGUUCCCAUUCACUGCGACUCAUAAGAACAGAGUGCUUUCCUCAUUCUCGCAGAGUUUGUCCAGACUGGAUGCUGCAAAUGAGGCGAUUGAUUUUGGCAACAAGAUUUUCGAGGAAACCUUGAAUAUGAACUAUCUGGUAGAGACGUGGAAAAGCCUGGAUGUUCGCAGUUCGCCUCGCAGAGCCGCAACAACGAAGUCUCGUUUCAUUUCAAACCAUCUGAGAAGCUUGAAGCUUCUUUUGGAAGAGAUCAAUGACGCCAGACCCAAGGGCAGCAAUAAGGGCCCACUCAGACCUCGCGACACGAACGAAGAUGACGACUCGGAUCUCGUUUCGGUGUUUGUGAAGAACAUCGACAACUUAGAUCUUCCCGAGGAUGGAAAGAAAUUGAUUUUGAAAGAUUUCAAACGAUUAUCUUCGAUGCAACAAUCCAGUUCCGAAUAUCAGGUGAUAAGGUCAUAUCUCGAAAUUGUGGCAGAUAUCCCAUGGACAAAGUUUGAUGCAGCGAGAAACUAUUCUGCGAUUGACUUGGAAAACGCAAAAUCGCAAUUGGACAGCGACCAUUUUGGGCUCAAUAGUGUGAAAGAACGUAUACUGGAAUAUCUGGCAGUUCUAUCUCUGCAUAGCAGAUUGGAAGAUGUCUCAAGCGCAAAGUCCAAGGAUUCUGCCAAUUCGAUCUCUAUAGGUGAUCCUGAUACCAAGGCACCUUCCCCUUUGGCACUAAGUAAGAAGCGCCCCAGAUCCACCGUGAAGUCACCAAUAUUAUUAUUGACAGGUCCACCCGGUGUAGGAAAGACGUCUUUGGCGAAGUCCAUAGCUACUGCAUUGGGGAGAAAUUUCCAGAGGAUUUCGCUCGGCGGGCUGCGCGAUGAAUCUGAAAUCAAAGGCCACAGAAGGACUUAUCUUGGUUCAUUACCUGGAAUGCUUGUCCAGGCUUUGCGCAAAGCACAAACAAUGAACCCGGUGAUCCUGCUUGACGAAAUUGAUAAGGUUGUUGGUGGUAGUGCCGAGAGCGCAGCCAGGGCACAUGGGGAUCCAGCUGCAGCUCUUCUGGAGGUUUUGGAUCCAGAACAGAACGUGAACUUCCAUGACCACUAUAUUGGGUUCCCGAUCGACCUGUCGCAAGUGGUUUUCAUAUGCACUUCCAAUGAUCUGUAUCGCUUGAGUGAUCCUUUGAGAGACAGGAUGGAAGUAAUUGAGCUUGGUGGGUACAGCUACAUGGAGAAGGUCGAGAUCUGCAAGAGGUAUUUGGUUCCAAAACAACUAAAGAGAAAUGGACUACCAUUGGAAACGAAGAGCGGGGACUCUUAUCUUCAAAUCUCGGAUAAAGCCAUCCUGAAGAUCGCUGUGGAGUACACCAGAGAGGCUGGUAUCAGAAGUUUGGAGAGAAUGGUGGGUUCAGUAUGCAGGGGCAAGGCGAUUGAGCUCUCGAGACUAAUCAAGAACUCGGACGAUCUCAAAGAAUUUCCACCAGGUUAUAAUCCAGUUGUCAGCGAGAAUGACCUUGCUAAGUACAUUGGCCUUUCCCCACGCUCUUCUGAAAACGGUACUGCUGAAUCUGGAAUCACCCCAAACUACGGUGUCGUCAACGGCUUGAGUUACAAUUCUGACGGAAGCGGCGGUUUACUGGUAUUUGAAAUGAACGGAGUUGAGGGCGGGUCACAGGCCUUGACGACCACAGGAAGAUUGGGCAACGUCCUGGUGGAGAGCAUCAAGAUCGCGAACACAAUUGUCAAGUCUGUGCUGAACAAUCAUUUGUUGUAUUCCAAGUCUGGGGAAGGAAUUGAAACUUCAAGGCUUUUGAAAAGGUUUAACAGCUUGGACGCCCAUCUUCAUGUUCCUCAAGGUGCGAUUUCCAAGGAUGGCCCUAGCGCAGGCAUAACGAUAACGUUGUGUCUGCUCUCACUGGUGCUGCAGAAGGAAGUCCCAACAGACGUCGCUAUGACGGGUGAGAUUGACCUCCGUGGAUUAGUGUUGCCAAUUGGCGGAGUUCGUGAGAAAUUAUUGGGAGCACAUCUUUCCAAGAAGGUCAGCAAGGUUCUCUUGCCAAGAGCAAACAGAAAAGAUGUUACUGAAAGCUACUUGUACAGUAUAUCUGGUGAGGACGGAUCUGACGAUGUGCUUUCGCGUCUUAUCCAAGAAGAGGAAAAUUCGGUGAAAUCAUCAGAUAAACACACCAGAUUGACAGUGUUUAGUGACCCUGAAAGAUGGGUGAAAGAUACACUGAAAAUUGAAAUAUCCUAUGUCGAGGAAUUCUCUGAUGUUGUCAAUGCCGUCUGGGGCCAAGAGAUAUCGCUUCAUCUUACGCCAGACUCUAUCAAGUCAGAGGAAAAAGUGGUCAGUCAUUUAUAA